AUGAACGGUUCAUACGAAGCUUUGGAAGGAGGUUUCACAAUGGAGGCUAUGGGAGAUUUCACUGGUGGUGUGUCAGAAAUAUUUGAACUGAAUAAUCCACCAUCUAAUUUGUUCAUGAUUAUGCUAAAUUCAUAUCAACGAAAAUCGCUCAUGUGUGGUGCAAUACUCAAUUCGCAAUCGCCUGACCCAACCAAAACAGGAUUAAUCAAAGGCCAUGCAUAUAGUAUUACCAGGAUAACUUAUAUACCUUUACCAACAAGAAAUAGUAUAAUACCUUUAGUUAGACUUCGAAAUCCUUGGGGUAAUGAUAGUGAAUGGAACGGCCGUUGGAGUGACAAAUCAGAUGAAUGGUUAACUAUACCCCCACAAUUACAACAAUCAAUAGGUCUUAUAAAAGAAGAUGAUGGCGAAUUUUGGAUGUCUUACGAAGAUUUUGUCAAAUAUUUCACUGCAUUGGAAAUUUGUCAUUUAGAUCCUGAUUAUCUAGACAGGGAACAAUUUGGGACAGGAGUGCAAAAAAAAUGGGAUCUGAGUAUAUUUGAAGGCGAAUGGGUCCGUGGUGCUACAGCUGGUGGCUGUGAUAAAUUUCAAGAUACGUUUUCAAGUAAUCCUCAGUACUAUGUAACAUUAGUAGAUCCAGACGAUAAUGACAAUAAGCAUACUUGUACCGUAAUUAUUUCAUUGAUGCUCAAGGAUAUGCGCUGCCAAAAGAAACACAGGGAUACAUCACUGUCAUUUGGAUUUUAUGUUUAUAAUCUCAACACUUCAGAGUCUGUGCCGAAACCAUUGGACACAAAUUUUUUUAAAAAUAACCGUCCUUUAGAUAAGUUCUUUAAUUGUCCUGAGUUCAAACCAAGAGAAGUCUGUAAGAGAUUGAAUGUACCUCCUG